GGUUCACUUGUUUAUUGGUGGAAAGAAAAGGGCGCCAAAUAUGACUAUGAUUGAAACAGUUCGUCAGCGGCAGAAAAACUCCACAGACUUCGCGUCUUGCUACGAUAACCUUUGCGCCUUGCAGAACUCUUGCCCUCUAGGAUCGAUAACUGCAAAUCUUGAUGAACUCACUAUUGAUUGCAAUGCUGAUCGAAUUCGGCAUAGUGACUGGACACCGAUCCUGAACGCUCUGAAAAUCAAUAAGACUUUGAAAAUUGUGGCCUUUAGGAGCUAUUGGCAGCAAACACUUUAUCCAGACGGAGGUAAGAUUACUGAUGAGUUUUGUUUUGUUCUUUCGAAGCCAGAUACCGGUUUUACCAAUUACCGGUACAACCAAACUCAUGGACAUCAAAGGGGCAGACACCAAGUAUCCGCUUUACAUAGGUGUCUCUAUAAAAAAAGGCUAAUUUUCACUGGCGACUGAUUCGAAGUUGGAAUCAUAACACGUAGGGGAGUCAUAUUAAGACAUGAGGAGCCGCAUAAAGUCCCUUUACUAAUUACGCUGAGUGACGGUUGCUAUGCUCAAUUUCCUGUUAUAAUUUUACCUCCGAUCUCGUGCAGGCUAGUAGGGGUCAGACUGGCUGUCAUCGAUAGGGAUUUUCACAGAGGCGAUGAAACAAUCCUAAAUUUCGCCACUGUCUGGUAAUAUGGUUAAAACAGUAUUAGCCGGGGUAAAUAUAGUCGAGCGCGGUCUUUUCAACUAUUCUCCGGAUCGGAUCAUCCCAAUCAAGCCAUCAUUGUAUGGAGUAUAUGUGAAUUCUUUUUUAGGGCAUCCCGGUCGAGAAUUUCUGUGUUGAUUCAAACUCAUUUCCCUUAGAAGCUUGUUGGUAUUUGAAAGAAAAUUUUAACAGAUCGAACAGGUUAGCAGAGUUCCAAACUGAGAUGGCCAGCCUUCCUUCGUCACAUUGGUUCACUUUCAGAAGCGAGGCCAUUUCAGCCUUAAAUCAGUAGGUUUACUUUGUGACACAUUAAUUCUGUUUUUUUUUAUGACUUGCUUAAUCGUAAGACACCUUGAAGGUAAGGACAAUGUUCGAUUUUUUUUCUUUAAUUUAUUUAUUUCUGCCUCGAAUAUAUCCGCGCCAAAACCUCCUAAAUGCCCGCCAAAUUUAAUGUGGCGCGCUCGGGAGUGAUCGUACAGUGUUUAGGAAGAAACAGGCCCAGCACAACUUCCACUGGAGGCACUUUUGUGUUACUGCAAGAAGUACCCUUAUAAAGAAGUCGAAAAGCUUUUCUAUUAUUAAUUUCGUGCUAUAUUUUCUGGAUAAACAAUGGAAUGUGUUGAAAAUUGUAGACAUCUGUGUUUCAUAAUACACGUACACACUUAGCGGCCAAAUUGCUACAUAUUUUAUCUUUUUACCGCUGUUUUGCUUGUUGCCGAAGUUUAAAUGCUACAUCAUGAUCCAGUGCGAUUUAUUGUUGUCGUUACACGCUCAGAUCUUUAAUUUGUUUGAAUUAAUGAGAAAAUUAUCUUGUAGUCUGUAAUUAUGCGUAGUAUUGCAUUGUUGAAUGCGUUCACUGCCUAUGAAAACAAUCGUUUUCCUAGUAGUAUAUCGGAUAGGCCAACUGACUCCCACUGGUGGCAAAUUGUGCUACAAAACCAUAAAUAAGGGAUAUUCGAAGUAUAAACCUCACAAAAGCUUUUGAUUUUGAUCAACAACGAAAUGAGUGACUAAAACGCGUUAAAAAUAACACAUGCUCGUGUUACAGAGAGGGGGUUGAGUGUUUGCUCGUUAUUUGUAAGUCUCUGAAUCUUAGCAGCUUUCUUUUUCUUUUCUAUAAUUUUUACCGGGGAAUCGAAAUGAAUUUUGGUUGAUUGGUUGCGUCCAUCGCGGUUCCCCCCUAUUUGUUUUUCAAAAAAAAAAAACACCAUUGCAAGAACCUUUACGGUCUCUAUUAUUUUUCAUUAACAGCCAGAGAGCUUUAAUUCACCGAAACUAAAACAGAUUCAUAAAAUGUACAUGGUUCAGGGUAUUCUGUACGUGCCUUUUAUGUUGGGUGUGUCGCCUGAUUAAAAGCGAGCGAUCGGGUGAGUCGCCUUCGCUUAGUGCAAGAAGACUUUGUAAAACGUGUAUAUUUAAUGAAUCUUUCUGUAAAGAACGAGGCGGCCUAGAAAGCUUGAAAAAUAGUUUUGGAAACGUCUUGCCAAAUAUGUUUUUAUUUUGUUUGGGGAUUGCUAGAAUUGCGUUUCAACUAGACGCUGUAAAAUUCGCAAUUGAACUUAUUCUUCGGAUUCAAAACAAUGACCAAAGUUCCGUCUGCACGUGCUCUUUUGGGUGAGUCGCCUGAAAAAGCAAGCGAUCGGGUGUGUCGCCUUCGCUUAGUGCAAGGGAACUUGGUUUUUAUUCGUUAUGGCUCGCAAGUCCGUUUUGAACGAAAUAAAUGGUUUCAGUCAUAAUUAAUGAACAUCAUAUAGGUGACCUUACAAGUUUGUAUUAUAAGAAAAAUAUAAGAGCCUUUUUUACGCCGCGAACAGGAUGAAAUAGAAAACUUCACCGGCCUUUUCUAAAAAAAAGGGAGUAGUCCCGCUUUAAAUUCUGCUCCCCAGAAAAAGCUACAAUGAAAAUUAUUUAAAUUUACAGUUUAAAUUCAAUCAAAUUUAUUUAAAUCGCUGCACUUCGUUCAUUUGUGGUAAAUAAAUGCAUAUUGAUUCUGAGGUAUCCCCGGUUAGAUAAUUUGUGCAAAACUCCUCUACACCGCCACAAGUUUUCCGAGUGGUGCGCUGUUUCGGAGUGAUUUUUAUUUCACCAGGUUCUUUUCUUUAGUUGUGUUCGUCUCAUCAGCUCAGCUUUAUUAUUUCUGUAGUGUCUGCUAAAAUGAUCCAUUGAAAGAUAUGUCGAAUAAAGCUUCAGUAGGAGGUCACGAAAGGAGAUUCGCAUUUCACCUCAAGUAUGGUUUCAAGCUGUCAACGGUCUAUGCUUGGCUGAAUUUAAACAAUGGCUUCCUGGUCAGAUGGGGGACAAAUUUUCCCCCAUAUUUCGGUCGCUAAGGCUUGCGGCUCGCCAUGGAGUGCUUUUGACCGAGUGAAAAUAAAAAAAAAAAUUGGAGUCGUAAGCCGAGAUAUAGGCUUGACAAAAUUGGAAUCAGGAGAAUCAGAACACUUGUGUUAUCUUCCGACUCCACCUAUGAAUCUGUUGUCUCUUACAAUUUAGUGAAGAAGCAGAAGCGGAAUGAUAAACCAAUUAUUACAAUGCUAAUUCCCACACUUUGUGAUUGGUUAAGUUCUUCCUCUUCUGCUUGCGAAUCUCACAACCCAGUUUUCACUAGACUUAAAGUGAUGCAGUCGAAAGCGGAAUCAGAAUGCAGUAUUCAUAAGAUCAUAACGCUCUAUGCUUCUGCUUAUGAUUCUGAAUCUGAUUCUGUCCCUUGUGAAAACCAGCCGCCAGAUGACAUGAAGUUGGCUAAACUUCAGAAUACCCAGCCACUUAUUUAAAUGUACACCUCUCUUGAAGAGCAAAGUGCCUACUAUAUUAUGCCUCAUUCCUUAAAGCAUUCUGACAAGUAGCUUGGCAUUCCUAAGUUGCUCCUAAAAGAGAUUUGACUUUAUUGGUUUCCAUAACCUGGACUGUAUGUGUGUACUGUGUAUAUUUACUUCCAGUCAGAUAAUGGGACAUGGAGAUGGUAAUAGGAUGUGAUCCAAAAGAAAACAACACUACUGGUAGGCAGUGGUCAACAUUCACAGACAGAUAUUCACAGUACUCUUUUGAUUGGUGGAAGAAAAGUUCACUGUCUUAUGUUUUGUCAUGUGACCUUAAUAAUAGCCAAUGACAAAGUCCUUUUGUGGGAAGAAUUUAUUCUGUGUUCACUGCUGUGAUUACAGUUUGCACUUACUAGUGACUUUCAUAUGGCCUUAAUCUGCAGAAGUUUCCGAACAGCGUUUACAAGCGUUGAGGAAGAAAGCUCCGGCAAUUCGCAGCAAGGAUGUCACUUAUCGUGUCUGCAGGUAUACUGUUUCACAAAACCCUAAAUAAGCAAAUAAAUAAAGAAUUUAAUCUGUAUAAUUAUUAUGAAUAAUAUUGUUCUGAGUCAUUUACUUGUAUAAAAAGUCUUUACUCAAUUUUGAAUCUUCAGGACAAUCAAAGAAUGCUUAUGUGUCACUGAAAACCUGAAUAAGAUAAUUUUUCAAGGAAUUCCUCUGCGAGAAAGAGACCUGGCUUGUUUGGCAAAGGUAACUGCUAUGUUUUUCAAUUUUGUUUAAGAUAUGAAUUAUUGCUUUUGGAAUAAAUUGUCCUUUAACCUUUGAAGUCCAGAUAUUUGGCAUAAAUUUACUUUUUAACACUUUGAGUACAUUUCAGUGUCAUGUAUCUUCCUUAACAAUUUAUUAUGCUACAUGCAUUUUCUAACCUGGGCUUUUUUGUUUUAGGGUAUUACAAAAAACAGAACUUUACAACAUCUGUCACUAGAAUUUUGCCAAAUUGGGGAUAGUGGUGUAGACAGUAAGUGAAAAAAUACAAUGUACUUACAUGUACCAGUAAGUGGCUUAUGAUAGCUUUUUAGAUUACUUGCCAAUAAAUUAAUAGCCUGCAAAUUUAUUUCUAGUAGGGUUACACUGAAUAGACUUUGUUCCAGCAGUGCCUGGUAGCCCAGUAUGCUGCUAUGGGCACCUGUAUUUAACAAGGUCAAAUCACUGUUACCUACAAUUUGUUUUUAAACCACAGCCUUGGUGAAGAUGGUAAAAAGUGCCUAUAUACUUGCCUGAGAAAACAGCCGACAUUUGGCAACACUACCACCGGCUUCCCCGCCAAAUGACGUCUGAGUAAUGAGCACAGGAAUUCCAUACUGAUGACGUGUCACUACCCAGAUCUGGGUAGUGCUUCUGAUUGGUUGAAUCAAAUUUCCCAUGUGGCAUGACCAAUCAGAAGCACUACCAGAUCUGAGUAGUGAUGUGUCAUCAGUAUGGAAUUUCUGCGCUCGUUACGCAGACGUCAUUUGGUGGGGAAACCGGUGAUAGUAUUGCCAAAUGUUGGCUGUUUUCUCAGGCUACCUAUAUACAACAUGUAGAGCUGUAUGCACUAAUUAAUUUUUUUUCUGUUAUCUUGUAGUUCUUUGCUAUGCGAUAAAAAAUAAUACAUCUGUGAUAACUGUAAACUUCACUGGCUGUAGUCUUACAUGGAGAGGAGCCGACACCCUGGCUAAAGUGAUACGGGUAAUUUUUAUUUAUUUUAUCUAUUUUUAUUUCAUUACAAUGUACUUGUGUCCACAGUAUGUGAGCAGGGGCUGACCAACAACCACCCUUUCACUCAAGUUAUUGGCCGGUGUAAAAAAAUUACAAAAAUUCCAAAUUUCUGUUUGUACAAUCCAAAGAAAUAAAUAGUACUACACGGUAUGCAAAGUUCUACAAAAGAGUUAGAAUUAUUUAAUCACAGAUUUAAUAGUUAGAUCACUGUGACAAGUUAUCCUGCUAUAAGUUGGUCUAAGACUGAAAUGGUCACGAACACAUAAUCAACUUACACCUUGCAUUGCCAUUGAUUUGUCUCACCACCAUUAAAAACAUUCAUCAUUUUAGCAUCAAGCCACAAGACGUCACAGUGUUGCAUGGCAAGACAGCCUGCGAUAUCGCCGCCCAGAUCUGGAUAGAAUGCCUGGAGUUCGCCGUAUAACAGUUUGUAAAAAUCCACUUAUCAAUGAUCGUGGAGCUGAGCUGAUAGCUGAGGCAUUAAAAGAUGACCUCUGGGUCAAAGGUUAAAAUUCUUUAAAAUUUAAAAUUUUAGAUAGUGAGCCAAAAUAUUGUUUUGAUUAUGUCUCCCGAAUAUUUAUCUGAAGCCUCCUUACAAAGCUACAACUGUAUGUGCCCUCAAUGCUUAAUAUUCCUAUAUAAAAUUUCAAGACUGAAAAAAAACCACUGAAUACAAUAAAUUGAUUAAUAAUUACUGACAGUUGUAUUGUAGGUACCUCCAAGUUUUCAUGGCCAUUUCUCUCAACAUAAAUUUGAGUGGUACAACUAUGGGAUUUAAGAGGACAUUACUUAGGGGAAAAAUACCUUUAGAGGCAACUUGAUCAGUAACCCCCCUGGGCUAUCAUGCUACACUUAUAACUAAAAGAAAAUUCACCAGUUAUGGCCCCUUUGAUAUAAAUUCUAUUUAUUUUGAUACCUUAUCUUACCUUCUCUACCUGUACAGCUUUAGAUAUGCAGCAAUGUGGUAUCUCAACUGAGGGAGCGAUGGCCUUUCAACCAGUGCUAAAAUUCAACUCCACAAUCACUGUAUUGGACCUCAGACUUAAUCCUCUAAUUGGUUAGUGCUGUGCAGCCUGUUGUCUUUUGUAUUUUAUUUUAUGUCAUAAUUUUGUUCACCCACAAAGCACUUGCUAGGAGUUCUUAAGAACUCAUUUAAAUGCUGUGAAAGGUUUGAACCUAGGAGUCAUUUCAAAAGUAGGUUGAGUUUGAUUGUCUGUGUGAAUGAAUUAAUGUUUAAAUGCAUCCCUGUGUUCUUGAUCAAUGAAAAUUUGGAAAUGUUUGUUUUUGAAAACUUGAGUACCUCAAGAAAAACCUUUUGGAACAAAGGAGAGAGCCAACAACAAACUCAACCCAUAUGCAAACAAGAAUUAACACAUUUGCAAUGUUAUCAUUUUAAGUAAUGAUCUGGGUAAGGUGGAUAGCAAUUUCUUUUUUUAUGCGGCAACGGUGCUUUCCCCACAUAGGAAUGUUCUUAUUUUUACACAGAGAAUGCAUGAACCUACAUGGAGGCCAUUUACGCAAUAAAACGCAUUUACACUCCACUUUGUUUGGGUGUUUUUUUGUGUUAAAAGAUUUUGACCAAGAUCACAAGAGUUGAAAACAAUAGCCAAGAAAAGUUUACAAUUUUACAUGUUCCCCACAUAGGAUUUCUUUGUUAUUCAAACUGAGACCAGAUUUUGUUAUAUGGAAGAUGGUUGAAUUAGAUGAAUAUAUGAAUGAUUGUUUUAACUUUUUGUUUAAGCCAAUCAGAAGUAAUCAGACAAUCAAAAGUUCUCCUUUUUUGCAUUCAAUGGUUUGUAAAAUGGUUGGUCAUUCUUAUCUGGACAGACAUGAAAACACUUCAUUUUAAAGUUUUCAUCAAUGCUUUUCUAAAUUUUCUUGUUUUGCACAGAACGAGAGGUUUUUGGAUCACUGAUGGAGCAGCUGAUGAUAAACACAGGAGACACUGAAUUAGACGUAUGUGAAUGACUGUUUUGAGACGUUUCCUGUUAGCUGUGAAUGUGAUUCUGAAUCUCAUUCUUAUAAAUGUAAGCAAAGUUAUGGCAAAGAGUGCUAAAGAAAAAAAAAUGUUUUAGUUAUUUUUCUGUUUUCUUUCUUCAGUAUCCCUGGCUAGUAAUUCGUGAACCAAAACCUGGAAGAAUCAGACCACGUAAGCGAGGGGGGCCAUUUAAAAGUAAAACUGCGACUUCACAACAUGGACAUCGACCAGGAAGGUGAGUUUUUCCUUUGACAAACAGUCCAGUUAUGGAGUAAUGGCAGAUAUUGAUUUUGCAGAUGGUAAGGCCUGCCGUUUUCAUCUGUGAUGUGAAUCAUUAACAAGAUAGUGUAUUUGGGGCAUGUCGUUGACAACAUGAAAAAUGUUUUUGUAGCCUGCAUAGCUGGCGGUUUUUUUGGUGUGUUUUUUGCUUUUGUGGUUGGGGUAAAGUAAGAGUUUCAGGCAUGCGAAAGCUGAACCGAGGAAAGAAAACGAUAGGGGAGUGGGGGAGGGAAGAAGGCAGUGAGCCUUGUCCCCUAACCCCUCCCCUAUUCUGUUUCUACCUCGGUUCAGCCGUCCCACGGCUGUAACUCUUACUUUGUGAACAACUAAAGAAAAAACACACCAAAAAACCGCCAGCUAUACAGGCUAGUGUUUUUCUUGCAGCUAGGUUGAUUGGCUACCUUAAUGUUUCAGUCGAAUGAGUUUUGUACAUGAAGAUGCUAUUAACAUGAGCAUCCAUUUCUUUCCUCAAAGAGUUGGCUUGUCCAAAAAUGCAGCUGUAGUAUCAAAAAAGUCUUCUGCUGGAUUCAUUCCAUGGAGAACAGCUGCUAGGGUAGGGAAAAACAGGUAUGUACAUGGAGAAGUAUUUAGCUUUUUUCCUUCAUGUGCCACAGGGACGCUUACCAUUUUCAAUGCACACAGUCCAUCUGAUUGUAGCCCAUAUUUCAACUAAAAUGCUACUUUUUGCAUUUUUUCAGUUGAGUGAAUGGAAGGUUAGGGUUAUUUAAUUAAGCUCAACAAUUUUCUUUCUUUCUCAUUUUCAGACACAAACUCGGAAAAGAGGUUGCACAGAGAGGUGUUCCUACCAAAAAGAAGGUAUUCCUUUACCUGAUUUCAGAUUUUUUCUAGCUAGCAUAAAGUAAACGACCCUAUACAAUUAUUGUAAAUCUCUUCAGGGUUGUCAGAAAGUUUUGAAGUUGACGGCUGAGUUGUCAAAGUAAGCGGCCAGUCCAGGGAUAUUUUAUUUAAAAAACGCCACCCGUAAAAAAAUGUUAAGCAGAGUAGCUGGCCAAUACUAACCAAGUAGGUGGCGAUUUUCGCCUGCAGCUGGCUACUUUUGACAACCCUGUCUGUUCUUUGAUGCUCUGAUCUCAGAUCAGUUUGGAUUACUUUAGCCAAAAUAGGACAAUAAAAUUGCACCUUGUUUCUACCUAGUCUGUAAUAAUUUGCAAGUUAAUUUAUGUUACCUAUUUACUGCAGCUCAAGACUGCUGCAAGUAGACCACAAGCUACAAGCUCACCAUUAGCAAGCGAGGAAGAUGAACCAGCCAACCGCACCAGCGGCACAGGUGAAAUAACUGUUGUGGUUCAAUUUUCUCCUUGGUUUAAAUUUUAUUUUCUUUUGUUUUUGGGUAUAGUAAUGAAUGAUAACGAGUUUGAAACAAAAGAAAAUAAAACUUAAACCAUCGAUGAAAUUGAGCCACAACAUAACAGUUAUUGUAUUUCCUUUAAUAAGUGCCUUUCCUGCAUACCCCACCCCCUUGGUCAAAUCAGCAAAAUAGUGCCCCACUACGCCCCCUAAAGUUUGUAAAUCGGAAUACUACGCCAACAAAACCUUGUUCCCUUGUUCCCAUGGCUUUAAACGAGAUAUGCCCUGGGAAUGAGGUUUACACUAUCAUCAUCCUUGGGGUGGGGGGGGGGGGGGGGGGGGGGUACGGCUAAUAGGAAUUGUCACGGGCGAAAUCGUUGCAGGCAAAGUUUAGAGCACGAACGGAAGAAAAGAAAGAGCCCCUGCGAAAAUGCCAAACUAAAAUGUGCAAGGAACUUCGUUCAGUGGCGGGAUUGAUGAAUGCUUAUAGAAAUGAACUCCAUAAAUUCUUAUUAUAUUAUAUUUUAUUUUAUUUCAGAAAGUUCAAUUGACAAUCACGAAAAGUUGAAGGAGAUGCAGGUAAACAUUUGAAAUUAUUAUCAUCUUUAAUUACUGCCCUGUGAAUUGCACCUAGGUACAGAGUAUUAGUUACUCCUAGAUUACUUUUCAUACAAAUCAUAUGCUGGGCACCCUAGAUUUUACAGUUUCAGAGCACUGGGCUCCCUUCAAUUUUCCUUAGAGCACAGCCUUGCUCCUAGAUUGUUGAUACAAUAGAAGUUAACCGGUGGCACAAGCACCCCCCCCGCCCCGCCCCCAAAUACCUAGCUUAGCGUUGAUCACUCCGCUCACCCUUAACUGAUCAUCUUUAAUCCAGACUCAUUUUCUCUUUUUCAUGCAUAGUUUGAAAUGGAGAUGCUUAAACAUCGCCUUGAAGAUGAAAGUCGAGCGCGUGCCACAGCUGAUUCAAGAAUACUUGAAGUAGGUGGACGUCAUUAAGGUUUAGAGGCAACUGUAUUUGUCUCCUUUUCGUUGCACAAAAAUUCAAGUUGAAUUUAUUACUCUGAAAAAUAAUGAAGAUUGUUUCUCUACAAAAUCAUUUUAUAUGAGAUGUAAAGCUCUUUCUCAUCUUCUUGUUUCUUCCUAUUUCUAUCUCGCCUUUGUAGCUGCAAGUGGAAAAUAGAAGAUUGCAACAAGAGAUAAGGUUGCUUAAGACCAAACAAACGGCAAGUUUCAGCUCUACUAUUACUGUACUUAUUACAAUAGUAUUACUCUUCACUGGCUUUCAUCAAAAGCAUUACACUCUUUAUAAGAAUAUUGUUUUCCAGGGCCAGGCUGAAUAUUCUUAUUUUUCCGCCGAUUUUAGGCUGUAAAUAUUCUUGUACUAUUCUUAAUAAAAGCUUAUGACAUUUCCGUUUUAGAAUAUAUUAAGGUAUCAAUUAUAGUUUUGUUAAAUAUAGUCAGCUAGUUUUGCCGUUUAAAGAAAGGAAUAAAUUGAAAACGUAUAUUUGUAUUGUAUUUACAGAUUUUCACCACACGAAAUUAUCCUUUUCAAAAUCUCAGCCUGGAGUUUAUUCUUAAAGUAUUCUUAAGAUUUCGAAAAUUUCAGCCUCGAUAUUCUUAUAAAAUAUAUUCUUAUAGAAAAAAAAGAGUGUAUUAUGCUUUCAUUUUAUUGUUGCACUUCAGGAAGUUAUACAUAGACUGAAAAUUUAGGACCACAUCAUGAUAAACAAUACCUAUGCAAAGUACACAUAUACUGCUCAGAAGCUUUCAUUUGAAUGGUCGCACUAAAGGAUUUCAGAUUUCAUUAACAGACGAAAAACACUUCGGCCUUGUGCAAGACAACAAACCGUAAAUAUCAUUGUAUGGUUAGAAAAGCUUAUCGUGGAAUGGUGGAAUGACUUUGCAAUGAAAAGAAGGCAGAAUAAUCGUAAUUUUUUUUCCUCCUCCCUGUAGUUACCGCCCAGUCGACCAAUUUCGUUUACGGGUCCUUUACUGAACACAACUUUUGACCAACCUAAAACUGGAGGUAGGUGCAACGUAAAUUUCCCCUGGCUAUAUAAGGUCUAAGGCGAAUACCAAACUUUUGAAUUUAGAAAUAUUCAGAUAUUUUAAUGACGGUGGCUUUUUCUAAGAGAUUCACAAACCUACUUCGACCUUUGACAAAGCAAAUGGUCACAGGAUUUCAACUACAGGUUAAACAGCAUAGUUACAAAUACAUAUGUAAUCUUUUACUGCAUAAAUGGCAACUAAGAAAAGUGCUUUUCAGUACAUCUUUUACAGCGCAUGUCGAAAUGAAGUCAAGAGGUGUUUUGUUUUUGCAUAUCUAAGCUCUCUGACUGGCUAGAACGUCUCGUGCCAUGUUUUCAACCAAUCAGAAUUGAAUCGGCAGCGGCAGUCUAAAACGGAUUUUAAAAGAACCGGAAUUUCAUUGUUGUGUUUUCACGUCUUACAUAAAACUUCACAUUACGAAUUUUUAGGUCAUAGUCGUGCAGUGGACGUCAAGGAAAUGUGCCAAAGAGCGCGAUGCGCGUGCAAAUUUGUUGUUUUGCUCAUACAACCAUUUUCUUUUCUUUUUCACCAUCUCGUUGCCGUUGUUGUCAUGGUUAUAAGCUGCACGACUUGAACAGAAGUGAAGAACUACUCAUCCGAUCUACUGACCGCCCUAUAAGGUUUUAAGGCGGACUGCAAUAUUCUUUAAAUUAUUGUGGUACAAGGUUUUUGUCCACUGAAAAUUAAAAUUACUCAAUUUCCUGGUGGAUUCUGUCUUAAUAUUUUCUAUUAACUAUCUCCGGUCUUAAUUUCGUUUUAGGAGCUAAAACUAUUCUUGAAGACGACCGAGUGCUAGAGAGCAUAGAAGCGUCAUUCAGGCAAUUUCACAGUUUCCUGGAUCUCCUGAAAGGCUCCAAGUUAGUACGAUUACUCUCUAGAGCGUUAAUGACCAUUUUUAGUCUUUCAUUUCAUCAAGGGAAGAGUGUUUGACCAAUUUCCUGUAAUGUCCGACGCUGUUUACGUUGUCAGAACAACACAUCCAAAAACAGCAAAAAGACCUUUACAUCAUUUAGCAUUGAUCGCGAAAUGCCCUCUGGUUGGAGCCUUGGAGAAGGAAUUGGCAAUUAAUCACAAGACAAAAAACAAACAGAGGGCUCCUUUUGUGAGCCUUUUUGUUUUUAUGUCCUUUAGGUUCAGUGAUCUGGCGCAUAUUCUUGGUGAAAACAGCCGCUUAUCCGAGCCGGACAAUGGUCUUUCCCCCAUCACAGAAGAAUCUUUAUCAAGCACAGCGAGAUGACAAAUAGUUCACAAUUUUCUUAAC